UAGGUUUUCGGUAAUUUUAAGUUCAUCUAAAAUCAAAAAGAUCAUAAUGAUGAAGGAUAUAAAAUUUCAAGUAAAUGAAUAAGACUGGAACGUUUAUUUUUUAAACAAUAACAUAUCAUCAAACUUAUUUGUCGCGAAAUUUAUUCACUCCCCACUGACCAUCAUGGAUUAUGUUGAUGAAGAGACUUCGCAAAGAAGUCAUGAAAAUAUCGACGUUGUGUAUAACGUCACUGAGGACACAUUUGGAGACAUUUAUGCGGAGCGUCAGCCAGUUGUAUUACGUGGCCUUGAACUAGGUCCAUGUAUGGAAAGAUGGACAGUGGAUUAUUUAGCAGAGAAUGGUGGGGAAAAGGAGGUGAAAAUUCAUGUCUCACAAACACCACAGAUGGACUUCAUAAAUAAAAACUUCAUGUACAGGUCAUUACCAUUUUGUGACUUGGUGAAACGAGCAUCACAGGAUUUUCAAGCAGAAUAUUUUGCAGAAGAGACUGAAAAAUACUACCUUCGAGCACUUGGUGAUGAUCCAAGGAAGGACAAAGCAGACAUUAAGACACAGUUCCCUGCUCUUGCGGAGGAUAUAACCAUUCCACCCUUCUUUAGUGAAGAGAAAUUUUUCUCCAGUGUGUUCAGGAUUGCCUCCCCUGGCUUGCAACUUUGGACACAUUAUGACGUGAUGGACAACUUUCUAAUACAAAUUCGGGGGAGAAAACGUGUUGUCCUCUUCAGUCCGAAAUCAGUUAACUACCUCUAUAUGAAUGGUGAUAAGUCGGAAGUUUUGGACAUUGACAAUGUUGAUGAAGAAAAGUACCCCCUGUUUAAAAAGGCAGAGAGGUUUGAAGUAUUCUUGGAGCCUGGCGAUGUUCUGUUUAUUCCAGCAUUAUGGUUUCACAAUGUGAUAUCCUUGGACUUUGGAGUAGCAGUCAAUGUUUUCUGGAAACACCUCGAUGACCAGAUGUACGACAAUAAAGACACUUACGGGAACAAGGAUCCAUUGCCCGCUGGACGGGCAUUUCAGAUCGCUGAUCGUGCAAUAAAGGCUUUGGAAGAGUUACCUGAGGAAUACAGAGACUUCUAUGCCAGACGCUUAAUUAACAGAAUUGAAAACAAGGCUGUUAUUUCUGAUGAAAAUCUGAUUUAACAGUGGUUUAAAAGUUUAGAUGUAACAUUGAUUUAUUGAUCAAUGUUUAUUUAGAUUUAAAUGGUGUCAUUGUGGAAUUAGAUCUGUGAUCAUAGGAUUUUAAUUAUUGUUGUAAAAUGUUAUAAAAGUUAUGGAAUCACUCCAUAUGUCACCAGUCUGAAACAGGAAAUGGUUAAAUAUUCACAACCUGUUCUCCCACCUCAGAUAAGUAGAUCCAAAAAUUUAACCAUGCUAGAAAUUCUUGUCUUGCCCAUGGGCAAAGAUAAAACUGAUAUUUUAAAAUUAUACUAGACAAUGUUUUAAAUAAUAUAAAUAAGAAUCCUGGGUAUUUAAAUUGCUUUGAAGUUAAAUUAAUAAGAGGAUACGUUUUUUUCAAUUAUGCACUUUUGUCACUGAAGUUUGUUGUGAUAUUCUGCGUUGUCUGAUGUGGUGAUGUAAUGUUGCACAUUUACAGACUAAAUUUAGUGUUUACUGAGAAUUUUAAUUAAUAAGAGGAAUAGUUUUUAUGAUAAUGCAAAACAAUACCUUUACUUUUAUCACUGAAGUUUGAUGAAGUAUUCUGAUUUGUCUGAUGUUGUGAUGUAAUGUGGCACAUUUACAGGCUAAGUUUAGUGUUUACACUCAUGUCUCUGCCAAGCGAAUUGCAGGACAAGUUUUGAUUUAAAAAUGAAGAAAGCUUUGAAAACUACUACCAAAGUUCCAUUUAAUUUCCAAUUUCAUUGAUUGCUUUUAAUUAAGUGGGUUACUUAAUCUUUAGGGCAUGCACAAAAGCUAAGACUGAGACAUUUGUGCAAACACUAGGUGUUUUGUCUAAUUGUAGCUUUCAGUUUAACUUCCAUAUUCUAUGUUACAUUAGAUACGGGGUUUGUUGGUGACCCGAUAUGGGAUAUACACGAGUUAAAGGUAGCCAUAUCGGGUGAUUGCUAAGCUUGAGCCCGGCUAUGAUUUCCUGCUCAUCAUAUUUCCCAUAUCUGGCCACCUACUACCUCUAUAACAAAGAUAUCACGUUGACAACCUGUUUAAAUUGAUCAAGACACCAUUUUUCAUUGAAAAUGGAAAAUAGACAUCAUUUUGUUACAGUAUAAAGAUUAGUGACCAUUUUAUGGAAAAAUGUGGGGUCACUGCGUGAACAGUACUGGACCAAUGGCUUUGGGUCAUUCACGUUAGGGGCGUGAUAUAGUCGGACAUGAAUCAUGAUAAGCAGAAAAUGGGUCUUAUAUUGAGAACAACGCAACCAGCAAGAAUGAUGUCAUAGUUUUCUAUUACUCAAAAUAGAAUGACUGUACCAAUAACAUAUUUUGAUGGCGAUGGGUUUAUUAAAGAUACAUUAAGUUUCCUUUCCUUAAGUUAUAUUUCACAGCAUGCUUAAAACCACCACUUGCAAUUUUUAAUGCUAAUACUUAUGGCUGCUUGUUGCUAUUGGUAUACAAAAUAUUUACAUUGAUCUUAAACUCUAGUCAGAAGUGUUCAGAACAUUGCCAAAAAUCAUUUUACUUUAAAUUUGUAAUUUGCCAAAAAACUGUACACCUGUUAAACUUACUAGUUAGAACACAAAUUGAUAAUUAAUAAAUUGUAUUAAUCUGAAAUGAAAAUGUGUGUUACUAUGUCUUUGGAUGCUUGCCUAAAGAAAUAUAAAUGAUGUCUCGCUGAAACAGAGUACCUUA